AUGUGGAUUUCCACAUCCCCGUGGCUUCCUGGUCUCUACGGGCUCGUGUUCGCCGUGGGUGCGUUGGCCAUCUCGGAUACCGACCCCGAUUUCAAAAGUGUAAGGACAAAGUUUGUCAAGGACUAUAGCGGCACAGGCCCCAGUGAACCAGCGACAGAGAAAUACUUCCACGAGUCUAGUUUCCACUAUCACUAUGAUGGAAGGUACGCCGACCAAGAGCUUUCGGAGGAAGAGACGCUGCCACACCUAUCCCAACUCAUUCGAACAUACCUGUCAACCAUGGCCGAUAUGGGUGCUGAAACAUGGAUAAUGCACGGAACUCUUCUGGCGUGGUGGUGGAACCAAAAGAUCUUCCCAUGGGACAAUGAUAUCGAUGUCCAGAUUUCGGAGCCGACCAUCCAUUUCCUGGAUGAAUAUUACAAUAUGACCGAGCACCAUUUCGAUAUUCCAGGCGUCGAGGGCGGGCGAACCUAUUUACUCGAGAUCAACCCGAACUACGUUUUCCGUUCAAUCGAAGACAAAAUGAACGUCAUUGAUGCACGGUGGAUUGAUACCUCGUCGGGAUUGUUUAUCGAUAUUACUGCAGUACGGCCGGACGAUGAGAAGAGAAAAAAGGGCGACACCGGAGCUUUAAUGUGCAAAGACAAACAUCAUUUUGAUGAAAAUGACAUCUUCCCGCUCCGGAAUAGUCGCUUUGAAGACUUCCCAGUUAAGAUUCCCUUCGAAUACGUCAAGCUUCUUGAAGAGGAAUAUGGAUCCAAGGCCUUGACCGCCACGGAUUUUCAAGAUCACCAUUUCAAUGAAGAAACUCUGGUUUGGGAUGCAGUUUCGAAACGAAAGCGGUCGCUGCGACGACGAGGUGCCGUCGAUCUGCCCGUGCGAACGACGCCUCUCAAAUAUAAGAUGACAUGAUUUUGCCAACGCCACAAAAUAACUUUCAUAUUCGCUCGACGAGCUCUAUACCUCACUCGAUUUACCUUGUAAUCAUGACGACGUGAACCUGCAUUGGAUUCGGCAAGAAUCCCCCAUCAUUUUACCGGCGUUUCUGCUAUUUAGGGUUGCGCAUUCUUCCGGCAUGGAUUGCACUUGGCGUUCGGUUCUUAUAGCACAUAUUUGGUCAUGUUGGCUUCUUAUCGAAGAUCCCUGCGGAUGCGCUUUAUACUCUCGAGCCUCAUUGUGUGGGUUUG